GCAUCGGGCUGACGCCUGGCCAAUCGCCGGGCCCACCGCGCGCGCCCCUGGUUGCCCCGGGAAACCUAACAGCCGGCCGCUCGGGUCCGCGGCGCUGGCCCAGCCGGAGGGAGAUGGACGGCCACUCCGAGCACGCUGGGGACUCCGAGGGCGACGACGGAGAUGUGGAGAGCCUGGCUUCGCGGCUGUCCGGGAUCAAGGCCAGCUCUGGCCCGCAGUCGCCGGCCGAACCCGCGGACGCUGUGGAGCCGGAGCCAGAGACUGUAGGGGCUUCGGAGGGAGGAGCCGCCACGGCCGAGCCCGCCGACCCGGCCGAGCUUCGGGAGGGGCUGGCGGCCGCCGAGGCUGCGGGCGAGGAGGGGCCCGGAGAGCCGGAGUGGCCGGCCGAGGCCGGGCCUGACAGGCCAGGCAAGCCGACGUCCAAAGGCGGGCCCGAGGAACCCCAGGAGGAGGAGGGGGAGGAGGAGGAGGAAGAAGAGAGGGCGGCGGAGGGUGGGAAGAGGAAGGAAGCCCCGUCGCAGGUCUCUCUGCCGCUGUCCACCGCCGGCCAGGAGGAGGCUGCGCCAGCCCGGGAGGCUGAGCGGGAGGAACCGGAGGAGGACGAGAGCGAGGAGAGCGAGAAGGGUGUGGAAGGAAGCCGGGCGAAAACCGAGGAAGAGCCGAGAGGUCUGGACGACGCCCUCGAGGAUGAGGAUUACGAGUGGAGCGAGGAGGUCAAGAAGCUGCAGGAGCAGCAGCUGCGCUCUGAGCUCCUGGAACAGUACCGCUCCCUGAUGGUGGAGCGGAGCCGCUGCCAGCGCUACAACAUCUACCUGCAGCACAAGAUCUCCGAGGCGCUGCGCAAGAAGAAGGGCCUGGAUGCGGCCGACGUGCCGGACAAGGGCAUGGAGCCUGAGGCCCCCGAGAAGGAGCAGGCAUACCUACGCCAUCUGGCCGUGCUGGAGGAGCUGAGGAAGCAGCAGGCCGACGACCUGGACUGGUAUCACCAGGAGCUGGACCGGCUGAAGCAGCAGUGCGAGGAGAAGCUCUCCAGGGUGGAGAAGGAGUGGCGAGGCUUCCAGGCACUCAAGAAGCAGGUGGUGAUGCAGGCCAUGGGCAGCUGUCGCAUGAGGGGCGGUCGCCAGGCCGCUCUGCGAGAAGUGGAGCAGAUCCAGGCAUUGGAGGACAGGAAGGAGAAGGAGAUGAGCGCUGUGAGGCUGGAAAACGUGCAGCUGAAGCAGAGCUUGGUGCAUUUUGAAACCAGGAUGAGGGCCCAGGAGGACUUGACUGAGGGCCUUCUCCUCAUCGAUUUUGAACAGCUUAAGAUUGAGAACCAGACUUUCAAUGAGAAAGUUGAGGAGCGAAAUGAGGAGCUUCUGAAACUGCGCAACAAGGUGACCAACAAUGUGCAAAUAAUAACGCAUGUGAAGGAAAAGUUACACUUUGUGGAGAUAGAAAAUGCAUGCAAAAAGUCACAACUGUUGGAAAUUGAAGCUCAGGUGGCCCUAAGGAGGGACAUCCUGACUAAGACUAAGCAAGCCCGAGACAGCCUGCAGCUUGACAACAUCAAGCUGAAUCAGAAGUGUGGGCUUCUAGGCAAGGAAUCACUCCUCCGGGACCUGGAAGAGAAGGUGGACAGGACUGCACUGCUCCAGCAGCGCUUAGAAUCCCUGAAGCACCAUCACGCCGGGCUUACUCUGUCCUGCAGAGGCGUGAAGCAGAAGAUCAGGGAAGCCAGAGCCUUUCUCCCCUCCUGACACGAUUCAGGAGAAGAGUUGGCAGAACAUCUUCCAUCUCAGCAAACUUCAUGCUUCAUUAACUCUCAUUCUCCAUUUGUUGCCAUUCUUCAAAAGGCCUAUGAUAUUUGGGAUGGAACUAUAUUUUGUAUUUCUCAUAAUUUUUCAGUUUCCAAAUUAGUGCUAAGCACAAAAUUGGGUUAGCAGUCAGUUUUACGUACGUUGAAGUAAAAUAGGUCUAGAGAAGCAAACAACAGAGAUGAUUUAAUGUACCUGACUUCUCAUAAAAAGCUGUCAAAAGCCUUUUUAUAUCUGAGCAGUUCCAUAAUGUCAGUGACCUGACACUGAGAACUGUUCCUUUUCCAUAUGGAGGAGGGUUCAACAAAUGGGCGGGGUACCAAAAAAAUUCCUGUGCAUUAAGCUAAUUAUUAAAUCCCCUUUGAAUGUAUUAAACUGUGUAGUCCUGAGUCACUAUCUCAAUUCAAAGCUCACUAAUUCCCUUUUAGAUUAAUCUGAAAUUGUUUUGUAUGGAAGUAGCACUAGCUUCUGGGAUAAUAAAAAAUAUCCAGGAAACAGGAGAAAUGAUAAGUAGGAAAAGGAGCUGAUGUUCCUUCAUCUUUCCUUUUUCAGUGAAAGGAGGCUUGGUCUGUGUAACCAUUACAUGUUUGUUUCUGGCUCAAUGACAGUCUUCAAUUCUAAUGAGACGUUUUCCUGGAUCUGCUAAAGAAAUGCAUUCAUUGGUACAAAAAAUGAAAUUUUGUUUUCCAGUGAAGACAAAAUGAUGAUUGUAUUGUGUGUUUUGCCAGGUGCAAAAUAUAUGGAGUGGUGACUGCUGACUGUCCAUAAGCCUUUUGUUUUUAGGAAGAUAUUUUUGGAUCUUGGCAACAGGACCCUGGCUAUGCACAUCAUUUUACUCUAUCAAAAUGUCUGUUAUUCCUUGUGUUAAUGUAAGACAUACCUGAUAGGUCUAUCCCCUUAACCAGUGAUUAACUUUUUCAGUUUUCUUUGAUGCUUUUGGAGCUAGGAGCUUGGAUUUAUUAAUCUUAGGUUGAAUUUUGAGAAGUGCAGAUUUAGGAUUAAAAGUAUUCUCCCAUCUCUAAACUUAAGUGGAUCAUAAGAAGAGUGAUCUAUUUUUGGGUGCUAAGUACAUUUAAAGAAUGGUGGAAACCCCAUCUAGGCAGAUAACUCGGUCAUAAGAAUGUCAAAACAACUAUCUUUUGAUGACAUGAUUUUCUUUUCUAAAGUGUGUUCCCUUUGAAGCCAAUAAAGGUUGAUUAAAAUUCCUUUUCUAAGUUCCACAGCUUGAAUACACUUAUAUUGUACUUAUCAAACCACACAAACACAACGAGGGGAGUGAAAAAUUGACUUCCUGCUUCUAUUCUCCUUAUCCUCUAUAACUCUCCUUCCCUCUACCCCGUUUAUCAGACCAAAGUGAAGUAGUAAAUCACUGGCAAAUACAACUUUGUUUUCUUUGUGCUUCAAAUUAAAAGCAGCACAGGCCCCCUGGGUUCUUCUGUGGUGGCAAGGCUUCAAAGUGAAA